GAAAUAGUUCAAGGCCCACAGUUUUGUCAAGCCCCCAAAAGAAUUAAGAUCUCCAGCAGUGCCGACCUCCGGCUACUGAUAGGCCAUGUAUUUUAAAUGGAUGAUAAUGCUAAUGUGUGUCUCCCUUUUAAUGUAAGGCAUCAAAUAAAGAAGAGAAGAAAAGUAUCCUAUUACCCCAAAGAUUGCCUUCCAAACUCUUUUGGGGGUCAUCAAUUUCGAUGUUCAUUGUGUAUGAUAUUGUUCCUAUUAUGAUUCAUCAUCUCAUGCUGAUUCAUGCACUACUUGCUAUAAUACACUCACAAACAUGAAAACAUCCAGGAGUCAUCUGUAAAAGUGAAAAUCCACCCUUUUUAACUUCCUGUUCAUCUAUAAGAACAAAGUCAACGCCCUUCAGUUCAGAAGUCCCCAUCCAGAUUUGUUCAAGAUAGUUCUAGGCGCUUGAUUAUUUUAAAAUCAGAAGUGUAGAACUUUCUACUGCCUCCAUACGGAUUCUUUGACCUAUACACUUCUUUCUGGGAUUGAUAAUACAUAAGCCUAGAUAGGCUGGAUCAGUUGGAUACGAUUUGAUAUCCAAGAGGGUAGACAUUCAGGCCGUACUGAAACGGAAUGUUCACUCUACCGCAGUCCUAGUUCGUCCAGUAUUGAUCCAAAGAUUCAUAACAGAAAAGCAUACAGCAUGCCACAUAUGCUUCAAAAGCGCCUCAGGUGCUUUCAAAAUCAGGAUGGAGGUAGUGAUACACCAAACGUGAAAACUACCUCAUUCUGAUUUGAUACAGGUACAUGGCUGACGGUGUUUAGCGUCCCACUCGUAGGUCAUUUCACCCAGGAGACAAAGUUAUGUGGAGAAGCGGACGUACGAGCUCUGAAGUACCUUAUACAGUUAUCAGUGAUGGAAUAGCCACCACUGGGCAGAUGAGGCUUGGUGCCGACGUGGUGACGAUCCGAUUUAUGUAUGAUAUUAAAGCCAAUGAUUUGAUUACAAAGAGGGUUCGCGAGCCGGAGAUAAGAUUAGCAACAAGCGAUGAUAGCGGUCCUUUCCCAGCUAUGGUGCAAGCUCAGCCAUGAUGAAAAACAUUAAUGGUUACGUUUUUGAUUUCCAGUGGCACUUAGGUAGCUUAAAACAAGGAAAAUCGUUGAUUUUACCAAAACAUGCACAUACCCGUGAAGAUGUCUAUGGAUUGGAUAGAGGUACUCCAGUACUGUGUGACACCCAUUAUCGACGGUAAUACAAGCCUUGAGCAUACGAGGCCC